AGAUACAGCAGACUCGCAUACUGCCAACAUGCAGUUGAAUCCCUAUUAUUUAAUGUUCAUACUGAUGCUCCAUCACAUACAUCUUCUAAUCCCAAUUGCUGCAGAGACCACAUUUCGGAAUAAUAUCUCUCAGUCGCCUGCAGAAAUCGAGGCAGUUGAGGGUGAUUCUGUGACCAUGACAUGCUCUUAUAAGAGAGACCAGAAGUUUGAAAGCAUCAGGGUGGAAUGGACCAAAGAGUCACAACUAGUCCUGACGGGAACCAGUUCAAAUCUGAGUUUGAAAUCCACAGACAGAUUCUCCCAAGUUAUCCGGGAAUCAGGAGCAAUACUGACAAUUAAAAACAUAAAUCUGAAUGAUACGGGACUUUAUCUGUGUAAUGUUAUUGUUGAGAUACCAAUACUUCUUAAAGUCAAUGGAAAUGGAACAAAACUGACUGUGCAAGAACGCAAAGAAAAAAACUGGUCUUUAGUGGGAUGUGUGGUUUUGGUGGUGGUGAUACCAAUCAUCGCAGUUUUAUACUAUAAGAGAAGAUGGAAAAAACAUCCAGAAACACAAGUGGUGAGUGAUGCUGUGAACAAAAUAAACUGUGAAGAAAACCGUGCGGAAGAAAGAAAUCCGGAGAGCUUGUCUUCAAGAGGCUCAUCUCAGUGGAUGGCCUCAACACUGUAUGAAUCCAUUGAUUAUUUUGCUGUCAAGGAAGAUGAAAACAAGGAAUCUAAUUGAAGAGCCUGGAACAGCUGGUUUUCUUCACCUGGGGCUUUGUGUAAGAAGAAAAGGACUUUUCAAAAAAAAAAACAGCAGAAACAAUUUGUGUUUUCAUGUUUUUCAUACAAUUUCAGAAAGACUUAUCUGUUGGCAUUAAGUGAUAAUAAAGUGUAUUGUUUCUGGAAGCGUGGUCAAGGCCAUGUGAUGGAGUUGUGCACUAAAGAGGGAAAUUUUGCCUUUUAUAUUAUUAAAAGUGAUUGGUUGGUGGUGCUGUGUGCUGCAGCUUCAGAGUUCAAUGUCAAAGUGCCAACAGGUAGGACGAUCUUAGUCAGACAAACAGCAGGAAGUUUACCAGUACUCUCCAGCUGCAUGUUAUCAGUUGGUUAAACUCCCCGCAGUAACAAAACGCAAUGUGGAGUUCCCAAGUCUUCACUCUUGCCGACCUGUGCCUAAACCCUCUGGGAUUAGAUAAACAGUGCACCCCACUGAGGGGGGGAGAAUGUGCACUACAUAUUGCACCAAUAAAAACGUACAUAAGUGGAACUCUC